AUGAAUAGCCAAUUGGAUAUUAAUAUGUUAAACAUAAUUAGAAUUGUUAUUUGGGAGGAAUUGGCUGAUAUCUACACUUCAGUUGCUAGAAUUGAUAAAAACGUUGCUAAUCAACAACAGUUUAUAAGACAGACUUUUAACGCAGAUAGAACUAAUGUCAUUGAACAAUCUGUAAUCAAAAGACAAAUGACAUAUCUAGUAAGCCAUUCUGAUGACAGGGGUGAGAGAUCGGCUGAGCCAGCUCAGGGCAACAGUGUCAACUACAGUAUCUCUGAAGAAGAGUCUAUUGUAGUUAUAACACAACCAUGGAGACCAAAACGCAGCAGACGUACUUAG